AUGACGGAUCAUGGUGGCGUCGAAAGUGUUCGAUGUUUCGUCUCCUAUCACAAGGGGCGUCUUCAGGAAUAUCACGCAGGAUUUCUUCAGAAGAAAAACCGCGAAAGCCUAAGUGGACUUCUAAUUUCGAUAAUCCCGCAGAUCUUCUACGUAGAAAAGGAAUCAUCUCAGUACAUCGAAGACGGAAAGAAAUGCGAGUUCAUAUUGACUCCGAUAGACAAUUCGUCAGGUUUUCUUCAGAGUCCUAGGCAUUCGUUGCCACCAAACACCACCUGUCAUUACCACUUCAAAGGUCAGAAACACGAGGUCAUUUGGAUAACGUUCAUUAAAUAUUACGUGGCCGGCGAAAAGGUCGGUAACUUCGGCUACGACGAUUGCAACGUCGAACUGCAACUGUGGGACGGUGACUUCGGGGAGAGUGGAAAGUCGAAACAAAAAAACGCCCUUAUUAGUCGUUUCUGCAAGGACGAAAAACCGAAACUCUGCGACCAUUCGCUAUUGAGAAAUGCCACGAGAACCACACGUCCGUGUGAAAUGCACGAAAGCUACAUAUCAUCCGGUUCAGAACUUUCCAUAAGCUUCUCUAAUCGAUACGGCAACGUGCUGCUUCCGGUCCAGUUCCUUCUCAAAUACGAGUUCGUAGAUCUGUUCCAAGAAGGCUAUAAUAUGACCAGCACCUGCGACAGGGUCUUCCAAGGGGGAACUGGUAAAUUCUCGUCCCCAAAGACAACCUUCCUUUACGGAAGGGGAGGCCAAGAGAACCUCAGGUGUUCCUACAUGUUCGAAUUUCCGGAAGAUCACAGACUAAAACUGACCUUCACCAGGGCAACUCUAGCGCCCUGUACAUUACAUCCGAUGUCUUCCAGCUGUCCUGAACUUGGCGCUUGUAUAAGUUCCGAUCUGUGGUGUGAUGGAUUGGUCCAUUGUCCUUCAGGAAGUGACGAACAAGAAGUGAACUGUUCCAUAAACAAAGGAAGAUUCAUUAUCCAAGUUUUGACAUCCUCGGCAGUGUUGGCGGGACUUUUAACGGCAAUUUUCAUAGUCGCGACGUUCAUCUUUUGGAAGCGUUGGAAACGAGAAAAAAAGACUGCUAUCACUUCCGUUACCGAUCACACCUUUUUGGAAUUCAAGACUGGAUUUUGUUAGUCGAUAAAUAAGUGGAAAAUUAUAUUAAUCUAUAACUAACUAUUACAAAACGAACGCAGGAAAGGAUUUCUAGAAGCCAUUUCAAAGAAAU